AUGACCUCUACAUCUCCCUUCUUUUUAUCGUUGAUAUUGGCAUUGCUCCUUACACUCGUCACUGCUGUGGAUCCCGUUGUCGAUGUGUCCUAUAGCAGAUACAAGGGAAAGGACAACGGGAAUGGAGUCACAAGCUGGCUCGGUAUGAGAUAUGCGGCACCUCCUAUCGGUGAUCUGAGUUUCAUGCCUCCUCAAGAUCCCACAAGGUCGCGUCAAGUCAAAGAUACAAGAAAGUUCAAGCUCAAGUGUGUCGACUUGCAAGCAAGGCCGAGUUUGAUCGGUAAAUCGCAAUCAGAAGAUUGUCUUUUCAUCAAUGUUUUUGCACCUACAGAUGCUGCUAGAAUGGCCAGGCUUCCGGUCUAUGUCUUCAUUCAGGGAGGCGGCUUCAACGGCAACUCAAAACCUCAAGUCGAUGGUACUGGGCUCAUCCAAGCAUCUGACAUGAAAAUGAUCGUUGUGACACUCAACUAUCGAGUAUCAGUCUUUGGCUUCUUGUCUUAUGGCGAUAAGGUGCAACCCAACAUCGGCCUUCUUGAUCAAAGAAAGGCAUUGCAGUGGGUUCAAAAGUAUAUCUCUAGGUUCGGAGGUAACCCAAAACACGUCGUCCUAGGCGGGAAAUCAUCUGGCGCCGCGAGUGUAGCCUUUCAUCUUACCAUGUAUGGCGGCAGAAACGACAAACUAUUCCAUGCCGCUUCGGCGGAGUCCAUCUCGUCUUCGCCUAUUGUUACUAUGGAUCAAGCCGCCUACAGAGCAAACAGCAUCAUGAGCAAACUGGGCUGUGCGACAACAAACGAGGGCAUCGGUUUUGCUCCAACAAUAUGGCAGGCUUACUACAAGUCUCAGAGGCAACGUAUAGUGUUUGAGCUAAAUGCAGCAAAGUAA